AACCCUAAUAAAAGCAACCUUGUCCUCAACAUUCUAUACUCUCUCUCUCUCUCUCUCCUCUCUCUUAGUUGGGUCCCUCAUCGGCCUGCGAAACCCAGCAAACUCAAACUGGGUCAUUAUUAAAUCUUCAAACGAACGCCCCCUCUCCUUCUCCUCAUUCAUUCCCUUUCCUCACUCUCUCCACAACCCAUUCUUCGUUUUCCGCUUUCUCUCCUCUCCUCUUCUCUUCUUACUCGUCAUGUCUUGCUCACCGGACGACGCCGAGUUCUGGCUUCCCCCGCAGAUCCUCGCCGAAGACGACGUCGUUUUCGUCGACAAGGAGAAUUUCCAGUUCAAGAACGGGGCUACUGCUACUAGUACUGCUCUCGGUGCUAGUAACAUGGCUUUCCCCACUGAGUUCCCCUACGAGUUCGACUCGUUCGGCUCCAACUCAGCCCUAAGCUCCCCUGUCGAGUCCGUCGUCAGCUCCACCGAGACCGAUAGCAGCGACGAGGAAGACUUCUUCGCCGGUUUGACUCGCCGCUUCGCUCAGUCAACCCUUCGCGAUUCCCAGAAACUCAAACCCGAGUGGGUACUGUCCGGGUCGCCUCAGUCGACGCUGAGCGGAAUCGGGAGCUGGUCGUUCCGGAGCACGAUUUCGAGAAACGGAAGCCCGAACGGACCUUCCCAGGUGGCGUCGCCCCCGACGACGCCGUUCGGAGCGAAGAACGACACGUGGGAUCUGAUAUACGCAGCCGCUGGGCAAGUCGCGAGGUUGAAGGUGAACGGUGAGGAACACCCCAAGUUGAGUCACCACCAUGGAAGAGGCCUUCUAGUCCCUCCCGCUAGAAACCCCAACAAUACCGGUUCUUGCGGUGCUGGGUUCUACUCUAACCAGUCUCUCGCCCAAAACCUCACUCAGUUUCAAGGUGUGAUACCACAGCAGUGCGGUUCCGCGUGGGGAAGGCAGGUGAAAGUUGGGUGGUCGGCGUCUGCUCAACAACAACAGCAGCAAAGCCAUUAUCAGCAGCAGCAGAUCCAGAACAGGGGAAGAAAUUGUGGGUACGAAAAUGGAAGAUGUGGGCGUCCUCUGAAUUUGCCCCAAUCCGCUUGGCCGCCUCUGCAAGUCCAGAACCAGAACCAGAACCAGAACCAACAGCACCACCCAAGUCGACCCGCCGGCAUGGGAGGUGUCUUUGCCGGCGGUUCCACUGUCAAGAAGGAAUGUGCCGGUACUGGAGUUUUCUUGCCUCGUAGAUACACCAAUCCUCCCGAGCCCCGAAAGAAAUCGGGUUGUCCAAAUGUUCUUCUACCGGCAAAGGUUGUUCAAGCCUUGAACUUGAGCUUUGAGGACAUGAAUAAUGGUCAUUCUCAGCCACGUUUCGGUUGUGGGUUUGCCCCAGACCAUGAGGCGUUGAUGGCGAGAAGGAACGCUCUGUUGGAGCAGCAGAGAAGAAGUUUAAGGCCAGAAGGAGCACUAAAUCACGAAGUACGCUUACCACAGGAGUGGACGUAUUGAAAGACAAAAAAAAAAAGAGGACGGAAAAGCAAGUGUAAACGGUAGAUUUGUCUUAUAGGGUUCGUUAUUAUGGUAUUUGUUGGGUUUUUAUAAGAAAAUUUAUGAUUCAAGAUUUGCGUGUAGUUGUAGGGAGCAAUAAGAAAGAAAUCCAGGUUUUUUUGGUUGGAAAGUUGAUGCUGAAGUUUUCUACUAGGAAGUAGAAGAUGAAGAAGAAAGUAAUAUAUAUGUAGUUUAGGGAGAAAGAAGAAGAUGAUGAAAAAGAAAAAAGAGUACUUUGUUGUAAUAACUGGGGAAUUUCUCCCAAUAUUUUGAUGAGUAAGGGUAGGGAAUGUUUAAGCUUUGGGUAAAGCUUUUGGCCCUUUUGGGUAUAGGAUAACUUUUUAAGGUUGUAAUAUGGAGGGAAGCCACAACCCUCUUGCUGUAAAAUUUCCCUUGGGAGGAGGGUAUUAAAUUUGAAAUAAAAGAUAAGUAUUUUUUUUUUAA